GUCCAUGCGGUUCAGUGUGAUGUCAGAGAUUCUCAGGCCGUCUCUCGCUGCGUCGACCAGAUAGAAACUCUGACGGGACUCCCUGAUGUGAUCAUCAACAACGCGGCAGGAAACUUUGUCUGUCCGUCAGAACGUCUGUCGGCAAACGGCUGGAAAAGCAUCACUGACAUUGUCCUGAACGGGACGGCCUUCAUCACACUGGAGCUGGGCAAGAGACUGAUCCAGAACCAGAAAGGUGCUUCCUUCCUGGCCAUCACCACCAUCUACGCUGAGUCUGGUUCUGGUUUCGUGGUCCCCAGUGCAUCGGCGAAGGCCGGCGUUGAGGCGCUCUACAAGUCUCUGGCUGCAGAGUGGGGGCGCUACGGCCACAGGUUCAACAUAAUCCAGCCUGGACCAAUCAAAACCAAGGGGGCGUUCAGCCGUCUGGACCCGACCGGAGCCUUUGAGAAGGCCAUGAUCAGUCGAAUCCCGACGGGUCGGUUGGGAAAACCAGAAGAGAUCGCAAACCUGGCAGCGUACAUGUGCAGCGACUACGCUACCUGGAUGUCUGGAGCUGUGAUCCGGUUCGAUGGAGGAGAAUAUGUGUCGAUGGCUGGAGAGUUUAAUGAUCUGCGCAGGGUGACUCCAGAUCAGUGGAAUAUCAUGGAGGCGAUGAUCAGAAAAACUAAAGGAUCCUAAAAACGCUCCGCCCUCCUGCUGAUGUCAUGAUGAUGAACAGGAAACACUACUACUCACCUACUACAUACUCUACGUAGUACUAUGUACUGCCAGUUCCAGCAGACUGAGAUAUUGUCCAGCAGGACAUCAUGUGACCGAGGCACAUGAUCACUGUGCAGCUGGAACUACACUCAGUCUGACAUCAUACUUAGCAUGAACAGUACGUUAGCAUGUGAUUCUGAACACAGCCACUGCUAGCCUGUUAGCUUGUAACUGCUGGACUUGUCAUGUGACCAACUGCACAUGCUCAGUGGAAACACAAACAUGUUUGUGGCAGUUUGAUAAUAAAAAGUUUCUCUGGA